AUGACCAGAUACGGUGCGGGAUCCAUCACCGUCCAUGCGGGCUCCACGUCAAACACCAGCUCUGGCACUGCGGUGGGAGUAAGCACCAGCAUCAUCAACGACAGCUUUGACAAUCUGGAAUACACGAACGAUAUCGCCCUGCUCGGACUGUCGCAGUCGCUGUCGUUCUCGUCGACCUUAGCGGCCGUCUCCCUGCCGUCAUCCGGUCAGCAGACAUCCGCCGGCGCCACUGGCACUGUGGUUGGCUGGGGAUCCACCUCAAAGUCAACCGCUGUCAGCGGCCUGCGCAAGGUUAACGUCGCCGUGUGGUCGGACUCGGACUGCCAGUCGACGUAUUCGGACUACACCUACCUCUUUAUGCCAGCCAUGAACAUCUGCGCUGGAAACUCAGGCAAAGGGUCAUGCGAUGGUGACGACGGUGGUCCGUUACUGGCGAAUGGCCAGCAGGUGGGAAUCUCCUCCUGGAAUGGUCGGUCGUGUGCCACUUCAGAUUAUCCAGGUGUCUUUGUUGAAGUUUCAUACUACGUCGACUGGAUCAAUCAGAAUAGACGAUGA